AUGUGUAGCGUCGACGGCGGGGUGAACAUGGCCGCCCAAAUGCAACCGGAUGAGUGCGAUCCAGACUUCAUCGGGCAGGAUAUUCCUGGCGGGUACUACCAGUUCUACAAGGACGGGUGCAUAGCAACGAUGUGUGGCAGGCAAAAAUGGAUGGGGGUAAGUCCCUGGCCCCGACAGUAUGGCAUGUGGAAAAUGUUUUGGGACCCAAUGCCAAACAUGUGGGGAUGGGCUAAGGCCAUUCAGCGCAAGUGCAUAGUGCCGCCCGAGUGGACACGAGUUGUGUGGGUGGAAGAAAUCUUUUACGACAUGGUCUAUGACGACGGCACCAACCUCAACUGGGACACAAGCAAGUGCCCAGAGCAAACUGAGUGGACAGACAUCCGCCUCCCCUACAACCCUAAACCCAAACCCCUAAAGGUGCCUCGAGGCAACAACCCAUUGCCUCGUUACUAG